AUGAGUUGUUUCUCUUUGUGUUUUUUUUUUAUUUAUUGGUGGCAAUGUGCUCUAUUAUUUGCUCGGGAAAAUUCAAAUCAAAACCCAAAGUAACUGCCCAAAAUACCCAAUCUUCUUCUUCCCUCGCCACCCUAUCGUACCCAACCAUAUUUGUGGAAAUUACAGCGCCUCCUCACCAUAUAUCUCGAGCAGCCAUUCAUCAAACACCGACAGUAUAUUGUAAUUAAGUCGAAGAAGAAGAAGAAGAAUGAGUUUUGGGGGGGGAUGGAAAAAGGUUUCCCUGACAUGGAAUAUCUUCUUCCUCCUUUGCAUCACAUCUUCUUCUGCUCAACUCUUGCCCGAGGACGAAGUGCAAGCUGUGAACACAAUAUUUGCAAAAUUAGGGAAAAAGUUUCCCAAUGUUACCCAGACAUCUUGCACUGGUGGGGCAAUUCUGAACAAGAACGAUUCUGAUGAUCCUUUCAGAAACAGUAGAAUUAGGAUGGUGUUAUGUGAUUGCAGUAUCAGUAGCAAUACAUUCUGCCAUGUAACAGACUUCGUAAUGAAAGGUCUUAGUCUCCAGGGCGUUUUCCCCACAGAGUUUGUGAACCUAACAUAUCUGCGCCAAAUUGACCUGACACGCAAUUACAUUAAUGGACCAAUUCCCCCUAUCUUUGGCCGAUUCCGCAAUCUCACUAUUUUGUCGCUUUUGGGAAACCGCAUUAGUGGAAAGAUACCAAAGGAGAUAGCUGACAUAUCUACAUUGGAGGAGUUAGUUUUGGAAGACAAUGAGAUUCAAGGACCUCUUGAUCAAAGUCUUGGAAAUUUGAGUCGACUCAGGAGACUCCUUAUAUCUGGCAACAAUGUCAGUGGGGUUAUACCAGAAUCUUUUGGCAAGCUUAAGAACUUGACAGACUUUAGGAUAGACGGGAACCCAAUAUCUGGUAAUUUUCCUGACUUUAUUGGCAACUGGACAAACUUGGAAAACUUAUACAUGCAAGGAACAUUGCUAGGGGGGCCAAUUCCUCAAAGUAUAUCUACAUUGAAAAACCUAACAAUAUUGAUAAUUUCUGGCUUAAGAGGAGAAAAAAGACAAUUCCCAAAUUUGCAGGGCAUGGAAAAUAUUGAAAGAUUAGUUCUGAGGAAUUGUUCAAUUGUUGGCGAAAUCCCAGAAUACAUAGGAAAUAUGCCCAAUUUAAAAACUUUGGAUCUUAGUUUCAACAUGCUGAGUGGUCCAAUCCCAAAUGUUCAGAGCAAAAACUUUAAAAGUUUGCUUCUGGCACAUAACAUAUUAAGUGGAGCAAUACCAAGUUGGGUUGACACCAAAGAUUCCAUCGAUUUAUCCUACAACAAUUUCACAGAAUCAUCUGCAGUAGGUUGCCAGACCUCUACUUUGAACUUAGUCUCUACUCUCUCUAGCUAUUCAGUUGGUAAUAGUGACUCUGGCAAUUGGUGCUUGAAGAAAGACCUCCCAUGUGCAGGAGGAGCUCAAUAUGAUUCUCUGUAUAUAAACUGUGGAGGAGGGAGUGCUGUAUCAUUUGAGGGUAAAACCUAUGAAGCAGACUCAACCCAAGGAGGCCCGUCUUACUUGUACACGUCAUCUGAUAGAUGGGGUUACAGUAGCUCAGGAGUGUUCAUAGCAAAUGAUGAUGUCAAAUAUCUUGCAACAAACACUCUAUCGUAUACAUCCAUUCAUGAUAUUUACAAAACAGCUCGGCUUGCUCCAACUUCACUCAAGUAUUACGGGUUUUGCAUGCGACAAGGGAGUUAUAAAGUGCGCCUCCACUUUGCGGAAAUAAUGUUCUCUAACAGCUCUUCCUAUAGCAGUCUCGGGAGGCGACUAUUUGAUGUAUCAAUCCAAGGGAAUGUGGUCUUGACAGACUUUAACAUCGUGGAAGAUGCUAAGGGUGCUGGGAUUGCAAUCACAAAGGAGUUCGACAAUGUUCUUGUCAAUGGUAGCAGCUUAGAGAUACACUUGUAUUGGACUGGAAAAGGAACUAAUGCUAUUCCUAUGAGAAGUGUAUAUGGUCCCUUGAUUUCUGCCAUUACAAUCACUCCAAACUUCAAAACCAAUAAAGGGUUAGGUGUUGGAGCAAUAGUUGGCAUCACAAUCUCUUGCUGCGUGUUCGUCUUGUUAAUAUUAGUUGUUCUAUGGUCGAGAGGGUACUUGGGGGGCAAAGUUGAAGAGGACAACGAACUGAGAACGCUUGAUCUACAGACGGGUUAUUUCACUCUUAGACAGGUUAAGACUGCUACAAAUAACUUUGACCCAGCUAAUAAAAUUGGUGAAGGAGGAUUUGGCCCAGUUUACAAGGGUAUUCUUUCGGAUGGUGGAGUUGUUGCAGUCAAGCAACUAUCUUCCAAGUCGAAGCAAGGAAACAGGGAAUUUAUCAAUGAGAUAGGAAUGAUAUCAGCUUUGCAACAUCCAAACCUCGUGAAGCUUUACGGUUGUUGCAUAGAAGGAAACCAGCUCUUACUGAUAUAUGAAUACAUGGAAAACAACUGUCUGUCUCGAGCCCUUUUUGGACGCCCGGAUCAGAGGUUGAGUCUAGACUGGGAAACUAGGAAGAAAAUAUGCAUGGGAAUAGCCAAAGGCUUAGCAUACCUUCAUGAGGAAUCAAGGUUGAAGAUCGUUCAUCGAGAUAUAAAGGCAUCCAAUGUCCUGCUUGAUAAAGAUCUAAGUGCUAAAAUUUCAGAUUUUGGCUUGGCUAAGCUUGAUGAAGAAGAGAAUACCCACAUUAGCACACGAAUUGCCGGAACUGUAGGAUAUAUGGCUCCGGAAUACGCAAUGAGAGGAUAUUUGACAGACAAAGCAGAUGUUUACAGCUUUGGAAUAGUUGCAUUGGAAAUUGUUAGCGGGAAAAGCAACACAAAUUACAGACCGAAGGAGGAGUUUGUGUACCUUCUUGAUUGGGCCUAUGUCCUCGAAGAACAAGGAAAUCUACUAGAACUUGUGGAUCAGAGCCUGGGCUCCAACUACUCCAAAAAGGAAGCAAUGAGAAUGCUGAGAUUGGCUCUUUUAUGCGCCAACCCAUCGCCAUCUCUCAGGCCAUCCAUGUCUUCUGUGGUGAAGAUGCUGGAGGGAAAGAUGGCUGUGCAAGCUCCCGCAAUCAGGCCUGGGAAGCCAAACGGCGACCCCAGGUUUAAAGCCUUGGAGAAACUGUCACAGGACAGCCAUACCAAUUCUUCGUCCACAUAUUCUCAGGACACCACUAGUCAGUUGCAGAGGAGUGUUUCAGUGGGAGCCCCGUGGUCUGGUUCCUCGCAAUCUUUCGCUUCAAAGGAUGAACAUCAUCAUCUUGAUGGUUCUUCUCCCACCAGAAAACUUCUACCGGAUCUUUACGACGUUAACAUUCAUUGAUUACAUGGAAAUGGCAGUCAUUGCACUUUUUUUUGUUUCUUCAUCAGAUCAAUGAAUAAUAAGUGCAUGUAGGUAUAAUAAGUGAACAAUUUUCUUUCAUGGGGUUAGGUGUUUGUGCUGUCUCACAUACUUGUAGAAAUGUUAAUUAAGAACAAAGGGUACACUCAGAAUGCCUGUGUUUAUGUAUGAAACAAAGGGUGUAAUUAGAUAAAGUAAUUGUGAAGAUUUCAGAUUCUCAAUAUUCAUAAGUGAGUUUCAUAUUAAAACAACUAAUGAACUCUGUAGUAAUUA